UGUGCGUGGGUGGUAGAAAAUUUUAGUUAUUUGAGUUUGAAUUUUAGCUCUAAAUCUUUAAAGAAUAUUUUUGGAAUGUGUUUCUUGGUAGCUACUUUUGCAACUUGUACUUGAAAAAUAUUAUCAAUUCUAGUUGAAGUUUUGUUACAAGUUGAUCUGCUUGUGGGCAUAUAUGUUGAGAUACAAUGUGAAUCUCGGAUAAGAACAUUGUUGGCAUCUCUUGAAUAGGUUAUGGCAUACUCAGAACCUGUAGGUGAAGAAGGGGAGCCAAUGCAAGUCAAUACUGCUCCUAGGAAGCCACGGAUUCUACUUGCUGCAAGUGGAAGUGUAGCAGCCAUAAAGUUUGGACAUCUCUGCAGUUGUUUUGCAGAAUGGGCAGAAGUAAGAGCAGUUGCCACACAGGCAUCUAUACAUUUCAUAGAUAGGGCGUCACUUCCUAGGGAUGUAGUUCUUUAUACUGAUGAGGAUGAAUGGUCUAGUUGGAAGAAAAUUGGCGAUAGCGUGCUUCACAUUGAGCUGCGCCGAUGGGCUGAUAUUAUGGUUAUUGCCCCAUUGUCAGCCAACACACUUGGCAAGAUCGCCGGGGGAUUGUGCGACAACUUACUGACUUGCAUUGUGCGAGCAUGGGAUUACAGCAAGCCUUUUUUUGUUGCACCUGCCAUGAACACGUUGAUGUGGAACAAUCCUUUCACGGAACGACAUCUCAUGUCGAUUGACGAGCUUGGCAUUUCUCUCAUUCCACCUGUCACAAAGAGGCUGGCUUGUGGGGAUUAUGGCAAUGGUGCAAUGGCUGAACCUUCUCUAAUAUACUCAACAGUAAGGCUUUUCUUAGAGUCUAAGAUUCAACAAGCUGGCAGCAAUACUGAGCAACUUAUCUAACAAAAGUUGGCAUUUGUAGAGGAGAUGGAAGAGUUAGUUGACAUGGUAUGUAUAACAUGCUAGAUUUGUUGUAGUCAUUUGAUCUUGUUGUAUCAGGUGUGCUGUGUUUUUACU